AUGAGAAGUCCAUCUCUGAGUAAGGACACUGGCUUGGGAAGCACUGGUCCUGCCAACGAUGGAGACCACCAGGACACACCCUCCCAUGAGCCUGAACGCAAGCGUCCUGCCAGCUCACCUCCCAGGCCCUCUGGUGGUAGGCAGGACUCGGCGGGACCCUCGGAGAGAGGGGGGAGCAGCGCGACGCCGACCCCAGAGCAGGAGCAGUGCGGGCUGGACGCCCGGACGGAGCAGUGCCGCUGGAGGCUGGAGAGGCUGCUGGGGAGGGCUGACACCAGAGGGCCACCAGAGAUCGCCACGUCCACGUCCACGUCCACGCCACCCGGCCCAGACAGCAUCUGCACGGAGGACUUCAUCGAGCGCUUCAGGGAGGAGACCGUGGACCUGGAGGAGAGGAGUAGAACUGAGUCCACCCAGUCCAUGCCACAUGAUACCGCUGCUCUCGACGAGCUUCCGAGUUUCACGGGUGCCACAGAUCCGGCGGCUACUGAGAGCGGAAGCAUUGGAAUUAACGUCAGAUACCUGGCAGGAGUUCCGGUCAGGAACUUUGAUGCGGUGACCAUAGACAGCGACCUGGACUCAGUGCGCACCGAACAAGUCCAUAGGCACCUGCACAAGUCUUUUGACCACAGGAAAGUCAUUAAAGCUGUUGAACAAGUGGACAGCAUGCUCUUGGACCACAGUGACUGUGACACUCUAGCAGAUGAGGAGGGGAGCCAACAGUACAGGCCACUGGCCUCUACAGCCACCGUGGGCUCCUGUGGACGGCAGCGCAUAGAGAAGUCGCCCCACGUCAGAGGACAACCGUUUAGUUCUGAUGACAACAGUGAGGAGAGCGAAUCUUUCCAGAACUCCAGAGGUGACCAUAAAGGUGGAAGACACUCACGGAGCAGUACGCACAGGAGAUCGAGAGGAAGUCGGGUCAAACAAAACCGAGGAAACAAUCUCUCCUGUGGGUGGCUCCUGGAGCAGAUGACCGAGAGACGACUCUUAGAGGAAGCCCUGUCUCAUCUCAGAAAGGACAGUGAGAGGGAGGAGAAUACAUUGCUCAUGAAGAGAGCUCAGCUGUGUGAAACAGAGAAAUCUCUGGCCGAUCUUCUCCAACAACAGCAGUGCAUGUUGCAGCAGCUGGAGCGGCUGAGGCUGGAGGUUGAGCAGAAGGAGAGGGACAGCCAGAGACUCGAGGCCGGCCUGAGGGACAACACAGCCCAGUCAGACACCUCCAGGUGUGAGCUGCGCAGGCUGCAGAGCCAGAGGGACUCGUGUCUGCUGGAGGUCAGAGGUCUGCAGGAGGAACUGGACGCCCUGCAGAGGAGCUGGACAGUCCGGCGGGAGGGAGGGGAGGCCAGGCUGGCUGGUGGAGUGUCUGUGCUGGAGAGGGAGGAGAUGGACAGACUCCUGGAGAACGCCAAAUCAGACCUGUUCUCAGAACAGCGCCGCUUCAGACACACACUGGACUCCAUGUCAGAAAAGCUGGAUGAGGCGCAGCAGGAGUUAGACCAGAGAGAGGAGGAGCUCAGGACCCUGAGGAGGAGGUGCACUGAGCUGGAGCUCCAGCUCACCAACACCAGCAGACAGAGAGAGGAGCAGGAGGAGUGCUUGCAGAGACAGCUGAAGGACCAGGAGGGGAGGGUGGGGGCACUUGAGAGGAUUGUGGCCCAGAAAGAGGUGCUGCUGCUGGGGCUGCAGGAGGAGAAGAGCGCCCUGCAGAUGGAGCUCAGCACUCAGAAGGAAGAGCAUCACAAGCAAUCCAGUGACAUUCAGGAGCAGGGACAGCGUGAAAAGGAAGAGGCGCUGGAGGCACAGAGGUCUCAGUUGUCUCUGGACCACGAGAAGAAUCUUCAACAGGUCCGUUUGCAGGCUCAGGAGCUGAAGUCUGAGGCACUGAGAGAACAGGCCCAGUCCCACACGCAACACAUGGAGGUCCUGGAGAGCUGUAUCAAGCUGAAGGAGGAGGAGGUGAGGAGGCUCACGGGGGCUCUGGGGACACAGGAGGAGGCCAGGAGGAGGCGCGAGGAGCAGCUGAGAGGAGAGACUGAGGAGAAGGUGCAGAGGGCCCUGGACCAGGAGCAGAGGAGGUGGGAGGAGCAGAGGGAGGCGGCGCUGCAGGAGCAGCGCAGGAGGAUGGAGAGGGAGGCGCAGGAGGCGCAAGCGGACGCGCAGGCCGAGGUGGAGAAGGAGAGGAGGAGCGUGCAAGGCCUUCAGAGCAAAAUGCUGGAGCUGCAGACCAAGGUGCAGACGCUGGAGAAUGAGCUGUGUGUGCAGCAGAGGGAGCAGGCGUCUGCACAGGCGGCCGUGGUGCAGGCCCUGAGAGAGGAGCAUCAGGCAGAGCUGCUGAGGCAACGCAAGCAUGCAGAGCAGGAGGCGCAUACGGAGAGCCUGAGGCUAAGGCAGAUUCUCCAGCAGUCGGAGGCCCAGCUGCAGUCUCUGCAGGCCGCGCUCGCAGAGCAGGAGCGCGGCCACCAGAUGGCGCAGGAGAGGCACGAGCAGCAGCAGCGGCGCUGGGCUCAGGAGCUGCAGAUGGAGUGCCAAACCCUGCAGAGCAUGCUGGGAAACGGUGGACAUGCAGGAAGCACACUGCUCAGCUGCACUGUAGGCCAAGCAGUGGAGAUGGUCCAGGCCCUGCGAUCGCACUUCCAGAAAGUCAUUUCCGGGCUUCAGCAAGAGCUGGAAUUACAGAAACACACCAACCAGAAAUUAGGACAGGACAAGGAACACGAGCUUGGUCUUCAGAGGGAGCAGAUGCUUAUGGAGAAGGAGAGAGCGCUGCAGACACUGCGGGAGAGACUCAUACAAGAGCACAUCGAGGAGCUGAGCGUCCUGAACCGGCCGCAGCUGCGGGGCGCUCCGGAGGGGGGGGUGGUGGACGCACUGCGCCGGCAGCUGCGGGACAAGGACGAGGAGCUGCGGCAGGUGCAGAGGAGCAUGGGCCAGUGGAAGGAGAAGACCACCGCGCGGCUCGCCCGCAAGUUUGAGGAGGAGCUGACGGCUGAGCUGGACAAAAGAACUCCAAGAGUGCGCUCAGACCAGGAGAAGAAGCUUCAGCGUCUGGAGGAGGAGAUGAGGCAGCUCACCAUGGGUGACUUUGACCACACGUCCUCGGCCACACGUUCGUCCCCGGCGCCCCCACACCCCCCGACUGCCCUCCGCUCUCAGGACCUGGCCUCCUACAAGCUGCUCCGCCACCUGCAGAGCCGCAUCCGGCACCUGCACUCCGAGAGCCGGGCGGCUGGACCCACCGAGCUGACGGGCUCCUACCUGGAAACGAUUCCAGCUACCCAGGAAAGCAGUCGGCCUUGUAAAACGCCGAAAUAAGGACAGUAUCUAGUGAAGGAAACUGAUAUAACAUUAGACAUGUAGAUUUCAUUACAUACAUACCAUGUCUUCCUGCGUAAAUGUAUGUUAUUUUUUGUCCAAAAAUGCCCUUUGUAUAAAAUGGCUCCCUUAAACCAGGGUGGCUAGCUUACAAACAUUGUAACAGGGAAUAUAACUGAAGUGUUCCAAUCGCAUUGCGUAUGCUACAACAAUUAGCUUCCACUGUAAUCAGUGGAAGUAGUUACACCAGACGGGAUAGCUUCCUGUACAUUCGGGAAAAAAUACACCAGUCUUCUCAAAUGGAUUUUAUGCGUCGCAAACGGAGCAUUUCAGUCACAUGCCUGGUGUAGCUCCCCUGUAAGUUACAUACAUCACAGUGUUACAAAAUCCUUUAAAAAUGGCAUAGGAGAGGUCAGAACAUUUCAAGUGGCAACACUCAGCACGUGUAACGGGGUUACAGUAACCUUGCUGAAAGGGGAAUGUCCUGAUGGUUUCUCUCAAAUGUCUUCCUCAGCACUUGGGGCUGUGAUGAAGUUUUACAGCUGGACUAAAGGUUGAGGGAAGAGAGUGGUGUAUCUCCACGCCCUGACAGAAAAGUCUGUGAUCAGCAGUCAGGUGACUUAGCUCAGGUCAUGGUGACCUUAUGUAUCCUGUCUCACACGUAGUUGGAUUAGUUUUAACUUUUUUUUUUUUUUUUACAAAUAUGAAUCAACACAACACAAGCUGCUAAAUCAGUG